GAGAGAGAGAGAUUAAAUGUUGGCUACGGGGGAACAUGAUCAAUGCCACAGUUGGGCGGGAGGGUCACUUGAUGGAAGAGAGGAUGCACGCCGCUGCACAAGCUACUUUGCCGGGCUACCACGCGUAAAAGCCACGAAGCGUCUCCAGGCGAGCGCACGCACGCACGCACGCUGACCUGACCGGACGUCUUCAAGUGUGAGUCUCGUCAUCUUUAUAGAGUAAUGUGAAGUUUCCUGGGGAAGGACGACGACUCCUCUGGCUUUCACCUCGCCGGCACGCAGUCCUCUGAGGUUUGUCUGAGCGCCUCUGUCUGAGCCCUGCGGGGAUGGGAACGCGCUUACAUAAAAGAUGGACUUAUGGCCGCUUCACUAAAGUUCACGGCCCUGUGAAGGUCAUGUCACGGUUCGUGGCCCUUGGGCUCCUGACACUCAUCCUCAUGAGUCAAAAGACAGCGGCCGGACAGACUGUGAACAUCUUCCAAUCGGAGCGGCGAGAAUGGUCAUUGAACCAUCUCGCCGUGCAUCAAUCCACCGGAGCCCUCUACAUUGGCGCUGUCAACCGGAUAUACAAGCUGUCGGCUAACCUCACGCUCCUGGUGUCGCAUGCCACGGGGCCCGAGUACGACAACAAAGCCUGCUACCCUCCUUUGAUUGUUCAACCCUGCUCGGAGCCCCUCGUCUCUACGGACAAUGUCAACAAGCUGCUGCUCAUCGACUACUCCCACAACCGGCUCCUGGCGUGCGGCAGCCUCUACCAAGGCAUUUGCAAGCUCAUGAGGCUCGACGACUUGUUCAUCCUCGGGGAGCCCACUCAUAAGAAAGAACAUUACCUGUCCAGCGACACACAGAUGGGGACCAUGUACGGCGUGGUGGUGCCCUCGUUGGCUCAGGAUGCCACCCUGUACAUCGGCACCGCAGUUGGAGGGAAGCAGGACUACUUCCCGACUAUUUCCAGCCGUAAGCUGCCUCGCGACCCGGAAUCCUCUGCCAUGCUCGACUACGAGCUUCACACUGACUUUGUUUCGUCGCUCAUCAAAAUCCCCUCAGACACCCUUGCUCUUGUCCCACAUUUUGACAUCUACUACAUCUAUGGCUUCGAGAGUGGUCAUUUUGUUUACUUCAUGACCGUCCAGCCAGAGACCCCAGAAAACGGGAUGCCGUCCGGGGGCUCCCUUGGCGACCUGUUCUACACUUCCCGCAUCAUCCGCCUCUGCAAAGGCGACAAGAAGUUCCAUUCCUACGUGUCGCUUCCUGUGGGCUGCGUCCACCGGGGCAAGGAGUACCGUCUGCUACAGGCUGCCUACCUGUCCAAGGCUGGCAGGGUCUUAGCUAAGGCGCUUAACAUUAGCGCCCAGGAUGACGUGCUCUUUGCAGUGUUCUCCAAGGGCCAGAAGCAGUAUCACGACCCGUCCGAUCACUCCGCAUUGUGCAUAUUCACCAUCCAGGACAUCAACACACGCAUCAAGGAGAGGCUGCAGUCUUGCUACCAGGGUGAGGGACACCUGGAGCUGCACUGGCUGCUGGGAAAGGACGUGCAGUGCACCAAGGCGCCUGUCCCCAUUGACGACCACUUCUGCGGCCUGGACAUAAAUCAGCCUCUGGGGGGCUCCCAGCUGGUGACGGGCCACACGGUUUACUUGGAGAGCCGCGAGAGACUGACCUCGGUCAUCUCCUACACCUAUAAUGGACACAGUGUUGUCUUCCUGGGCACCAAAAAUGGGCGGCUUAAGAAGAUCCGAGUGGACGGUAAACUGGACUCAGGAGUGUUGUACGAGACGGUGACCGUGACCAAGGACCAUGUCCCUGUCCUGCGCGACAUGGCCUUCUCUCUGGACAAGACCUCGCUCUAUAUCAUGUCCGACAAUCAGGUGUCCCAGGUUCCCGUGGAGGCCUGCGAGCAGUAUGGAACGUGUGCAGAGUGCCUAAACUCCGGGGACCCUCACUGCGGUUGGUGUGUCCUGUACAACACGUGUUCAAGAAGGGAUCGCUGCCCGAGGGCAGACGAGGCCUACCGCUUCAACACUGACAUUGACCGCUGCGUGAAGGUCAUCGCUCACCCAGAGAGCAUCGCCGUAUCAGCCCACAGCGUCCCACUGCUGCUGGAGGUGAACAAUGUUCCGGACCUGUCGGCGGGAAUCACCUGUUCCUUUGGGCAGCAGGCCGAGGUGGAAGGACACGUCAAUGGCAACAGGGUCAUGUGUCUGUCCCCGGCAGGGAAGGAGGUCCCGCUGAUACCAGAAGGACAAGAUUGGGCCGGCGUAAAGCUGAGGCUGAACUCCAAAGAGACGGGUCAAAUGGUGGCCAGCACGGAGGUGAAGUUCUACAACUGCAGCACGCACCAUAUGUGUCUGUCCUGUGUAAACAGCACAUUUCGGUGCCACUGGUGUAAAUAUCGCAACAUGUGCACCCAUGACCCGAGCAGCUGUUCGUUCCUGGAGGGCAGAGUCAACGCCUCAGAGGACUGCCCCCAGCUUCUCCACUCCGGGCAAAUCCUCAUCCCGGCUGGCGAGGUGCGACCAAUCACCCUGAGGGCCCGCAAUCUCCCGCAGCCGCAGUCGGGUCAGCGCGGCUACGAGUGUGUGGUGAAGGUGCAGGGUGUCGGCCAUCGCGUCACUGCGCUACGCUUCAACAGCACCAGCGUGCAGUGCCAGAACAGUUCGUACAUGUACGAGGGCGUGAAGAUCAGCGACCUGGCGGUGGAGCUCGCCAUUGUGUGGAACGGCAAUUUCAUCAUCGACAAUCCCGAGAAGAUUAAAGUGCACCUGUACAAGUGCAGCGCCCAGCGAGACAGCUGCGGCAUGUGCCUGCGGGCAGAGAAGAAGUUCCAGUGCGGCUGGUGCAGCAACGAGGGCAGGUGCACCAUGAAGCGUCACUGUCCGCCCAUAUCGCCGUACGCCAGCCGCUGGCUCGACCUCUCCGCCGCUAAUGUCAAGUGCACCAACCCACGCAUCACCGAGGUGAGCCCAGUUUCUGGACCUCUAGAGGGCGGCACGUUAGUUACCAUCCAGGGCUUGAAUCUUGGGCUGUCCUUCUCCGAGCUGGAGGGAAAUGUGCAGGUGGCGGGAGUGCAGUGCAUCCCACAGGAGGAGGGCUACAUCACUGCCGAACAGAUCGUGUGCAAGAUGGUCGCCGCUCCUAAAGGAAGCGUGCCGGGCCCAGUCAAGCUUUGCGUGGGCGAAUGCAGGCCGGAACUAAGCGCACAGUCCCAGCAGCUCUACUCUUUUGUGACCCCUUCAUUGCUGGUGCUUACCCCGGACAGAGGGCCGGAAUCUGGGGGUACCAAGGUCACUAUUGUCGGAGAAAACCUGGGCGCUGGCAGCUCUGUCACUGUUUACUUUGGCAACCAAACAUGCGAGCUGUACAGGAGGACCACGUCGGAGAUGGUUUGCUUUUCUGCUCCGUCAAUGACCGGAGCAGGGCCGGUGCCAGUCGGUCUGAGGGUGGACCGAGCAAAGGUUCCUGGUAGUCUGUCCUUUGAGUACAUACAAGACCCCACGGUGCAGCGCAUUGAGCCCCUGUGGAGCAUUGCAAGUGGCCACACCACACUGACGGUGACCGGGACCAACUUGGACGUGGUGCAGGAGCCGCGAGUCCGAGUCAAAUACGCCGGCCACGAAUCUGUCAAUGUGUGCAAAGUGCUGAACACCACCACCAUCAGCUGCUUUGCUCCGUCGCUGCAGUUCGAGCACGACGAUGGCCAAGCGGACAGCGUCAAGCACGUGGACGAGUUUGGCUUCGUUUUUAACAAUGUCCAAGCACUGCUCACGUACAGCAACAGCAGCUUUGUCUACUAUCCCAAUCCUUACCUGGAGCCCCUCAGCCUGUCAGGCAUCCUGGAGCAGAAGCCGGGCGCUCCCAUAAUCCUAAAGGGUCGCAACCUGGUGCCGAUGGCGUCGGGUGGCGCCCGGCUGAACUACACCGUGUUGAUCGGAGACACGCCCUGCUCCCUCACAGUGUCCGAUACCCAGUUACUCUGCGAGCCGCCCAACCUCACCGGCCAGCACAAAGUCCUGGUCCAAGUGGGAGGACUUCACAUUUCUCCAGGAGAAGUCCACAUCCGCUCUGACAGCCUCCUCACGCUGCCCGGUAUCAUGAGCAUCACUGCCGGUGGAGGGCUACUGCUGGUGGUGGUCGUCAUCGUCCUGCUCGCCUACAGACGGAAAUCGCACGAGAACGACCUGACACUGAAGCGGCUGCAGCUGCAGAUGGACAACCUGGAGUCUCGAGUGGCUUUGGAGUGCAAGGAGGCCUUCGCUGAGCUGCAGACCGACAUCAAUGAGCUGACAAGCGAUCUGGACCGGGCCGGCAUCCCUUAUUUGGACUACCGCACUUAUGCAAUGAGGGUUCUCUUCCCUGGCAUUGAUGACCAUCCUGUGCUCAGAGACCUGGAGGUGCCGGGGAGCGGACAGGCGAGUGUGGAGAAAGCCUUGAAGCAGUUCGCGCAGCUGGUGAACAACAAAGUGUUCCUGUUGACGUUUAUCCGCACCCUGGAACUGCAGCGUUCGUUCUCCAUGCGGGACCGGGGCUACGUGGCCUCGCUCAUCAUGACGGCACUGCAGGGGCGCCUAGAGUACGCCACCGACAUCCUCAAACAUCUGCUAUCGGACCUGAUAGAGCGCAACCUGGAGAGCAAGAACCACCCCAAGCUGUUGCUGCGCAGGUAA